CUCAUCAGUCAGUUGCCUGUAAACUACGCAGCAUUGACGUUGUGAAUAAGUGAUUUUUAUUCCAACGAUUCACAAUGAGGUUCUUGUUUACUGUGACGUUGUUAAUCGCUGCAACAACCGCAGACAAACGAUGCCACGGAAUUUACUUCGAUGAAAAAUACUUCAACCUUGACAUUAUCAAAGAAGGAAUCCAUCAACUACACGCGUUAGCUCUCAACAGAAACGAUAAUACAGCUUACUUCACUUUUGAAACCCUUUCCCAAAUACCAAACCGUGUCUUAGGUUAUAUAGAACUAAAUACUGGCAAAGUGGGAGUAAUCGAAGGCAUACGAAAUGCGACAGGAAUUGCUAUUGAUCAGUUUUACGGAAAAGUUUACGUUGGUGGCAUGGAUGGGCUUUAUAAAGUUAACGAUCGGAAAAUUCCUGAAAGAUUGCCUCUACAAGACGACGUACGGAGUCUUUUCUUCAAGGACGGACUAUAUUUUAUUAAUAAGAAUAAACAAGCUUAUAAAUUUGAAGACGGUUACGCUGCCUUUGUACCGGAGUUACGUGGCGUUGAAUUAGACAGUCUAAUUUUAGAUGAUGAUAACAAUAUAUUCUUUACUCAAAAUAAAAAGUUGUUCAGAGUCAAAUUGGGCACUAAAGCGAUUAAUACACACGAAAUGCAUGUCGUUGAUGCACUUACAACUGAUGUGUACUAUAAAUCGUAUAUAUGUACUAGAAAUGGUGUAUUUUCAUAUAAUAAAUACAAGUAUGUUUAUGAUAAAGUAUCUGAAAUAGGUGGUCUGAAAGCUUUGGCGUUUAAUAAACUUAAUGAACCAAUUUAUGCAGUUGCUGAUUAUAUUGUGAAGCUCAGACAAAAUGAGGUUCCUUGUUUUGAAGACUAAGAUUUACACUUUAAAAACGACAGGAAAUAUAUGCCCUUUAUCAUUUGUCUCACGAAUACCAAUGUAUACACAGUAUUAAACAGUUUAUAAUUUGUAGUAUAUAGAUAUAUAUAGACUUGGAUUCGUUCAUGUAAAACAGCUCCUUACCGAGAACUUUUUCAAUCAGGUUUAAUUGUACUUUUUUGGCCUUUUAUUACUUUUUGUGAAAACUUUUAACUGUCCUUCUAUAAUAAUGUAUGUUACUUAAUCUUUUAAAGUACCUGUAAGAUUUAUUAAAAUUGUAAAAUAAAUAAAUAAAUAUAUGUAUCACACUGACCUCUGUAAUAUUCAAGCUGGAACAGUAACUUUAAAAAAUACAGUUUGUUUGUGUACCGAUUUGAAAUGCUACGGUAAAAGUACCAAUAAUGAAACUUUUUUGACAUUACAAGCCUUCAAGUACAUGCUGUCAGGAGUAACAACAGUUACCAGCGUCAAAAUGGCUAAUAUACAAUGGAUUCAGUUUAGUUCUAUUUAAUAAAAUAUAAGUCAACGCUGUAUUUAAGAUGUCCGAAAUGCUAACAACGAAAUGUUAUUGUCAAACUGGGAGAGCAAACAUCUGAAAAUGUAAUUAAAAGAUGUUGUAAAUGAAAUAAUUUUUACUAAAAUAAUAUGCGUUAUCUGUACUGAUAAAUAAAAUUAAAGUGUCUCUUUCGAA